AUGAUAAGGUUGCUUGUGAGCUUGCUUUUAUUACCAUUUAUAAUAUCAAAUUUUGCUUCAUCUAACUUACCUCAUAAGCCACACAAUGUGCCAUGCUCACAGCUAAUCGUUUUUGGUGAUGAUUUAACGGAUGACGGUGUCGAAUUCAGCGUUCAUUCCCAUGGUUUCGUAAGGAAUUCAAACGGUCCGGUAUGGCCGGAAUAUUUAAAUAAAAUGCUUGAAUGUGAUGAGUAUACCAAUUAUGCAUAUAGUGGAGCAAGAAGUGACUACAGCAAUGUGUUUUUCUCAGAUUGGUCGGGAAUAUUAUGGCAAAUCGAACAUCACUUCAUGAGUCGUCGUAUUAUACUAAAGGAUUCCUUGAUCAUUCUACAAGCUGGUGGAUUAUCAGAGCUCAUAUUACAACAAAAGAAUAAUAAUGGAUCAACUAGUGUUGAUAAGAUUAAUGAGAAUAUAGCACAUGCCGUAUCAGGCUUAAUCAAUACUAUGGAUAAUGGUAAUAUAGUAAUUAUGAAUUUGGUUGAUCCAUAUAAAGCACCUGGUUAUACGAUGUUUAUCUCAAGUGGAAAUAACGAUUUGGAUAUAUCUCCAGUGAUUUCACGUAUCAAUUUGGAACUUUGGAGGUUGAUAAGAACCGAAGGAUAUGAAAAUCGACAAGUUAGCCUGUUCGAUUUGAAUGCAGCCAUUAUUGAUGCGACACGAGGGUUGAACACAAAUGAACCAUUCACGUAUCAACAAAGUAAUAUGACGUCACUCAAGAUAUUCGAUUAUGCUUAUCACAAUCAGUGGUACCCAUCAACAUUUGUACAUCAUAAAAUUGCUCAAAAAUUGGUCAAAUUUCUAGAAGAUUUAUGA